AUGGAGCUCAUUUACAAAAUCUAUCUGCAUGACAGUGUGCUAUGCUUUACUUUUCCACAGGACUCAAUCACUGGAACUGUCAACUCCUUCAACUUAUCCACUAUGAGCAGAUCAACUCUGUUGCACAGCUCUGUGUCUUUGUGUAGCAUUCUCUUCCUCACCUUAACCACACAAUGUCUAGCUUUCCAAAAAGUGGAAAAGAGGGAGAUAGCAAAGUCUCAUAUGGAGACAGAGAAGUCCCGGGAGAUGAGCACAGCUGACCAAGAAAACAUCUCCUUUGCUCCAAAGCACACACCCCAGCAGAUGUCCUCUGAAGCUCCCAUGGUACUAUCUGCAGGAUCAUCAGUGAUGCAAUUAAAUAAAGUAACCUCUGUCAACAAAGAACACCAUCAUCCAGGAGCUGAGCUUCUGAAUCCUAACAUCUCUGACCUUCACUCUUCCAGUGAGCCAGUGGUCUCAGGCAGUGAAGAAGGGCAUGGUCCCAGUCAGCUUGAAAGGAUGUCUCCUGAAUGCAGACUUUCCAAGGCCAUGUCCAUCAUUGCUGUCUCACCUACUUCUCUUAAUCCUCACCAGGAGGGACCACAUAGCAGUUCUAGCAUCCAGCCCAUUAGAGAAGGGAUCACAGACGUAACACAUGACUUCCUGAAGUAUGUGGAUAAUCAGUUGUUUAUCACUGAAAGUCAGGAAGCAGUUAGCUUGGGAAACAUACCUUUAUCCUAUAGAAAAACCAAAGAAAUGCUAACUGCCAAUCCAAGAACUGAGAAAGUUCAAACAGAUGCAUCCAAGGGGAUGGCUGCCAUUCCUGGUGUUGAUUCUACAACAGACACAGAGCCUGCUGGGAAGAGGCCCUCAGAGAAACCAGGUGACAAUUCCCAGACCACUGCCACCAUACACUUGGUGGCAACCCCUGAGAAUAUUUUGAAUAUUGAUCCAACAGCUGACAGUCGUCUGGGGGACCUCAAGGUCACAGUGAGUGUCAGCACAGCUGUUCCAUUUUCUUCUGUCUCAAGUGAUGAGUGGGAUGACACCAAAUUUGAGAGUGUAAAUCUCACAGAGACCCCUGAUUCAGGAGACAAUGCAGAGACUCAAGUGAGUACAGAGCCCCCACAUGAAGUUUAUGAGAGCUUUGAAGGGGCUGAGGGCACCCUCACUUCCACAAAAGUUAAUACAGUGGCUCCAGGGCUGCCUGAAGGAGAAACAUCCUUGGGAACAGCCCUGAUAAUUGCACUGAAGGAACAGAGAUCAACUGUUUAUACUCAUCAAGUUCCCUUUACUCCCAUGACUCCCACAGAAGAACCUGAAGUUUCCACUAUGAACCUGUUCCCAAGUGCUGGAGGCUUCACAGCAUCCACUCUGGAGGAUAGGACCACGCUUUUCUCAAAAACCAUGAUUUCUACCUCUCAAUAUGAGACCAACACACAUCAGGCAGUAGGAAAUGUGUUAAAAGACAUCACUCAAGAGAUGACAAUGGCUACUCAAGAACCAGACCCCACAUUACCCUUGGUGACACAAGAGCAUUUUGAGGUUCCCAGAGGCAGUGGGGAACCUGAAGGAGGCAUGCCGUCCCCCUCUCCUGUGUCUGCUGAUGUGGAUGACACUGAGCUGUCCAGACGAUGGGAGUCUCUGGCCACUCCAGCCCCCACCACUGUUGUCCCCUUGUCUCUUGAAAUUGCCUCCUCUAUGGAAGACAUAAUGGACAUGAUCACUGGGCCAAAUGAGGACUUCAUACCAGUUUUGAGCUCUCCAGUGACACCCGCUGAAAUGACUGUGGAAGCUCCCACAAUUUCUCCAGCACUCCCACCUGAGGGAAGAACUAUUCCGUCUAUUAACCACCCAAAUACGGCUACCUCCUAUGGCCUGGAACAACUUGAAUCUGAAGAGGUAGAAGAUGAGGAGGAUGAGGAGGAUGAAGAAGAUGAAGAUGAAGAAGAGGAGGGUGAGGAAGAAGAUGAGGCAGACAAAGAAGCAGACACCUUGUAUAAGGACUUCGACAGUGAUACUGAGCUGCCAGGGUUUACUCCCCCGGGAAUCACAUCCCAGGAACCUGAUAUAGAGCCAGGAAGCAUGGCCCUACUGGAGGUAGCAACCUACCAGGUGCCAGAAACCAUGGAGUGGGAACAGCAGAAUCAAGGCCUGGGAACCUCUACCAUGGAACCUGCUAUGGAGCUGUCAGUUCUUUAUUCCUUUUCUAGGGACUGCUAUGAAAAAACAGUGUUGCUGGCUGAAGAAAUGUUUGAAAUGCUCUAA